AUGUUGUCGACUAUACAACAAAUAUGGAUGUGGAUAUUCGACCGAUUCAUUCUGUAUCCUCUUAUGAGAUGGAUUGCUCCAAAAUUGGGCGUGAAAUUCAUGAAUUUGGGAUAUGUUUUGGAUGAGAAUGAUCAGAAAAUCAAGCAAUUUUUGGAACGAAUUCCAGAGUAUGAGACAAAUGGUGAGGAUUGAAAUUUUCUUGGAAUUUUUAAAAAUACAUUUUAAGGUCCAGAAAAAGCACAUUUAAACCUCUACGAAAAGGCACUAUCUCUUCACGAUUCUUAUCCAACCUUUGAAAAUUUAGAAAUUCUCGAAGUCAGUUGUGGACAAGCAAAUUCACUCAAAUGGAUUCAACGGUAAAUAUUUUUCAAUUACUAUACUAAACAUUUUUUAGACACCAUGGUCCUAAAUCACUAAUUGGUUGUGAUAAAAUUGUAUCUAAUUCAAAAAAUUUGGAAAAUGUGAUAUAUGGCGAUGCUCAAAACCUUCCUUUUAAAGACAACUCUUUUGACAUUGGUAGGAAGUAAAACUAGCGAAUCUCAUAAAAACUGAAUUUUAGUGCUAAAUGUCGAAGCCUCGCAUCUUUAUAUGGAUUGUGCAAAAUUUUUCGAAGAAGUUCAUCGAGUUCUUCGUCCGAACGGUUAUUUUUUGUGGUUAGAUUUAAGGUAUCCAAAUGAGGUUGAAAUAUUAAAGAGAACAACUUCGAGAGCUGGUUUGAAAUUAGAGAUUUUGAAUGAUAUUACUGGAAAUGUUAUUUGUGGGCUGCAUGAAACCACUGUGAAAUAUGACAGAAUUUUGAAAAAGGUGAGACUCUGAUUAGAAAACCGUAACAUCGAACAUUCUUUUUAUUCCCGCAUAACACAUGUCGAGAAACAAAAUUCCACAAUUACAGAGUCCAAAAUUGAUCCAAUUAUUAUUUUCAAACGUUUUACGAACAACCUACUGUGCUCCAGGAACUCAAACUUAUAAUCGGCUCGUUAAACGAGAACGACUCUAUUUGGCUGGAAAAUGGACGAAACCAUGA